AUGAUUUAUAAAUCAUAUAUACAAGAGAAUUGCGUUUUAAACUUCAUAUCGAUUUCAUAAAAAUCUCAAUAAUAUUCAUCAUGGCUUUGAUAAAUUCUAAAAUAAGUCCACUUUCUUGUUUUGCUUCUACAAAUCCAAACAGCCUUCCAAAGUUUCUGGUUUCAAAAUUUCACGGCACGGUAGCUUCAUCUUCGCCUGCAAAUACAACUAAAAGAUCAAGUCCGAGCAACGUCUACCUUCCAGUUUCAAACUAUUUGAGGCGGUUUGAUCAUAAGAUAUCCAUAGAAUAUUUACAAGAACUCAAUAUUAAGGUCUAGAAUAAACUAAUUGCAAACCUAGAUGACAUUACAGAGCUUAGAUAUGAUCGAUAACAUAUUAACAUUCAAGGUUUAGGCAUCGAUUUCCAUUGUUUACACGAGAUCGAUCAAAUCCUUCACAUCGUUUACAAAGAAUUCAACCAAAACAAAGGAUGCUAUGACCGUGAUCUCCGUGAGGUUGCACUUUGCUUUCGAUUGCUGAGGCAAGAAGGCCAUAAUGUCCAAGAAAGUAUUUUAAGAAACAUCCUAAACAAGAAGAGUGGAUUCAAAGACGACCUACAAAAUGAUGUGAAGGGUGUAAUAGAAUGGUAUCAAGCUUCUGAGCUCGGUGUAGAAGGCGAAGAAAUACUCGAUAGCUUGAGAGAGUGCACGUUUACGCGUCUUAAUGAACUUUGUUCGGGUCGAGAUAGUCAUGAAGAGCGGGAGAUAAUGAAUUCUUUGGCACAACCUCGCAACAAAACCUUAAGAAGAUUAACCUCCAAGAGAUUCAUAAGCAUAAUCAAAAUCGGGGGUGACGAAGAUAAUGAAUGGUUACAAUCUCUACUACGAGCCCGGCCCUGGGCUGAGUGUGAUUCCAUCAUGCUGAAGUCGUUGAUUCGAGAAGAAAUAUCUCAAGCAUUCAAAUGGUGGAGAGAGCUUGGUUUAGAUAAAGAGCUGAGGAAGGAAAGAAACCAGCCACUGAAAUGGCAUACAUGGUCCCUGGAAAUUCUUCAAGAACCAUGCUUUUCCGAGCAAAGGCUUGACCUUACCAAACCCAUAUCACUCGUUUACAUUAUCGACGACAUAUUCGAUGUCUAUGGAGAGCUAGAUGAACUCACCAUCUUCACACAAGUUGUGGAAAGAUAGGACCAUGAGGGGCUUGAAAAGCUACCGAGAUACAUGAAGGUUUUCUUUGAAGCUCUAGAUACAAUUACAAUGGAGAUUAGCAUGAAGAUAUGCAAAUCACAUGGUUUGAACCCAACAGACUCUCUUCGAAAAUCGGGAUGGCCUGAGGAAACCAAACUAGACAGUGCCAUGGGACUUUACUCUUCUCGUUACGCAAGUAGUUCCAGGUCUGUGCAGCUGAGAAUGCGGGUUUGA